AGCCAGGGGUGGACUGACCAUUUGGAAACUCGGGCACUGCCCGAGGGCCUGGGGUCAGUAGGAGGCCCCAUGAGAUGCCCCUGAUACCUUUUUCAUAGGCUUUUUUGAGUUUGGGCAAGGACACAGGGGCCCCAUGAUCCCCUAUUGCCCGGGGCCCCAUGAGUUGUCAGUCCGCCCCUGGCCAGCAUCCACUCCUGGUACCAGCACCUGUGCUUUUUUGUGCCCUGUGCCCCUAUUCCCACACUCAGGGUUCCACUCCAUAAAGAUGUGGCCUGACCGGCUUGGUGUG